GGCAGUAGUAAGCAGCGAGACCGCUGCUUUGAAAAUAGUAUUGUAAUGGACAGCACAGACCUGAGGUGCAUGCGAAAUAACCACGAGGAAAUCCAGAAUGGCCACAAGUAUAUUGAUCAAGACACCAGAGAUCAUCUUGAGGAUGAACCACUUCUCAGAGAAAACCCAAGGAGAUUUGUAAUUUUUCCCAUCCAGUAUCCUGACAUCUGGAAGAUGUAUAAACAAGCACAGGCCUCAUUCUGGACGGUAGAGGAGGUCGACUUAUCAAAGGACCUGGUUCAUUGGGACAACCUGAAGGCGGAGGAGAAACACUUCAUAUCUCAUGUCUUGGCCUUCUUUGCAGCAAGCGAUGGCAUCGUCAAUGAAAACCUUGUUCAGAGGUUCUGUCAGGAGGUUCAGUUCCCAGAAGCCCGCUCCUUCUAUAGCUUCCAGAUUCUCAUUGAGAAUGUGCACUCCGAGAUGUACAGCAUGCUCAUCAACACCUACAUCAGGGACUUGAAAGAGAGGGAUUAUCUGUUUAAUGCCAUUCAGACCAUGCCUUGUGUGAGAAGGAAAGCAGACUGGGCCCUCCAGUGGAUCUCUGAUCAAAAGUCCACCUUUGGGGAGCGAUUAGUUGCAUUUGCAGCUGUGGAGGGUAUUUUCUUCUCUGGGUCCUUUGCUGCCAUCUACUGGUUAAAGAAAAGAGGCCUCAUGCCAGGACUCACAUACUCCAAUGAACUUAUCAGCAGAGAUGAGGGUCUACACUGUAAUUUCGCCUGCCUCCUGUACAGCUACUUGGUUAAAAAACCGUCAGAGGACAGAGUAAGAGACAUCAUCACUAAAGCUGUCAGCAUAGAGCAGGAGUUUCUGACAGAGGCUCUACCGGUUGACCUCAUUGGGAUGAAUUGCUCUCUGAUGAAGCAGUACAUAGAGUUCGUGGCUGACCGCUUACUUGGAGAUUUAAGUUUACCAAAAGUGUAUCAUGCAGAAAACCCCUUUGACUUCAUGGAGUCCAUCUCACUGGAGGGAAAGACGAAUUUCUUUGAGAAGCGAGUGGCUGAAUACCAAAGACUGGGAGUGAUGUCAAACAUGAUGGACUGUGAAUUCACUCUUGAUGCAGAUUUUUAAUGCUCUCAGACAUUUUAUUUAUUUUCUCCUAAUUUUUUGUUUAAGACAAAAAAUGUUCAAGAGGUCAAUUUAGAUCAUUUUAGAUUCAUCUGUCAAAAUUUUACUUCUUUGUUACAUGAGGGUUUUUUCCAGUCUUCUAAGUUGUUGAUACUUGGAUAGGAAUUCAUUUGCAACAGUUUUCAUAUUAUGUAUUGUCAAGUUGCAGAUUUUCUGCAUCAAAUUCAGAUGUAUUUAUUGUAUGGUCAGGGUGCUCAUCCAGUAGAUUAAGUAAAAUUGGGGACACGGUUAGAUCAACAAGAAACCUAUGAAUGGUAAUUGUACUAUUAUUAAUAGUAUAAUAUCAGCAAUAUCUUAGGUGCAAGACCACAUUUUCUCCUAUCUUUGAUAACUAUGCCCAAAUAAGUGCUGCCUCAACUUUUAGAAAAUACAGUACUUUAGUCACUCCACAAAUCUAUUCUCCAUGUUACUGUGGUUAGAGGGAAGUAAAAUACAUUAAGUAAUAGAUUUAAACUCCUACAGUUUUUGGUC